UUCAAACAAAUCUCGCACUAUGAACUACAUCCGAUUGAUCGGCAUUUUCUCCUGCCUCUGCCUGUGGCAUUUCGGCACCGUUGCUCCCCAAAUCAGCAUUCAGUCCAGGUCCAGCUCCAGCUCUCGGCAGACGAUCGAUGGUCAGUUGAAAACUGUCUACGACUUCACUAGCCAGCAUGAUGUCAACGAUAUCUCUGGGAAGCUGGUUCACACUCGCAAAACUGACUUCAAGUCGGACUUUGCAGCUCCGGUCCACAAGGAGGAGGUUUGGACAUAACAUGUUCAGCAGUAAUUAGUGGAAAAAUAUAACUAGGAUGCAAAAAAUGUAUAUAAAACUUUGUGAAGAUUCCAAAUUAUUAAUAAAUUCAGCCAACUGAGCUGGCUUGAA